ACUCAGAAUCGAGAAAAGUCGUCGUGUUCUUGACCAAAAAAAAAAAGAAAAAGAGUCGCGUUCAGCAACUGCGAUUUUUUUUUUUUGGUCUGAAACACCUGCGAGUAAUUGUGACGCAAACAUAUAUCUUGCUUGAAGAUUAAGUCAUUCGGAGAGAAAAAGGAGUUGACAGCUAUUCGAUUGUCAGCACAGAAAAGCUAUUCACUAUUUUCAGGGGAUCAUUGCCAGAGCUACGAGAGAGAGAGAGAGGGGGGGGGAAGGCAUUGCUUUGUUUGUCGGUGUACUCGAACACAUGCUGCUGCUAGCUCAUGAUGAUGCAGUUGAUAGAGUGAUUUAUUGAAAGUGCAGGCUGGUAAAAGAGACGGUGAUGACAUCUAAGACUUUGCGGAGAAGGCUUCAUCAUGGAGAUGUUGAUGGAAAAGCGCACGAGCAUUUGGAGGCAUCAGCUUCAGAAGAUGGUCUUAAUGAGCCUCUACUCGGAAACUAUGAAAGUUCAGAUAGGCAUUCGGAGGAAUCCGCACUUGCGGACCUCUGGAAUGAUGAGCGGAGAAUGGAACAACUCCACUGGACUUUAUUGUUUUCUCAGUUGAUUGCGCAGUGGGCACGAUGGUUAGCAAAUAUUGUCCUGGGAUCUGGAUCACUUAUUGGACGGUUUUUGACCUCAGCUACACAAAAUGGACAAAGAACUAGUCUGCUUGCACCUGCCCUUACUCCUGUGCAAGAAGUAAGACUCAAAAACCUACGGCAAAGGCUUGAGGUCCCCUUUGAUGGUUCUCGUGUGGAGCAUCAAGAUGCACUAAAACAAUUAUGGAGGUUGGCUUAUCCGGAUAGGGAGCUCCCACCUCUUAAAUCUGAGCUUUGGAAAGAUAUGGGUUGGCAAGGUGCAGACCCUUCAACAGAUUUUAGAGGUGGAGGGUUUAUAUCAUUGGAGAACCUUAUCUUUUUUGCCCAACAAUAUCCGGAAUCAUUCCAUAGACUGUUGCACAAACAAGAUGGAACCCGAGCUGAAUGGGAAUAUCCUUUUGCUGUAGCUGGAAUCAAUAUUUCAUUUGUCUUGGCACAAAUGUUGGAUCUUCAAUCAGCAAAGCCAACUUCGUUGGCAGGAAUCCGAUUCCUACAACUGCUCCAAGAAGAUGAAAUGGCAUUUGAUAACCUAUAUUGUGUAACCUUCCAAAUGAUGGAUGCUCAAUGGCUUGCAAAGCGUGCUUCGUAUAUGGAGUUCAAUGAUGUUAUGAAGUCUACAACAACUCAGCUAGAGCGUGAGCUUGCCCUCGAAGAUGUCACCAGCGUUAAAGAUUUACCAGCAUACAAUCUAUUGGCAAAAUGAUCUCCUCCAGUCUCUUCUGAUGUAGUUCUCUCCAUCUGUAAUAUCAUACAAGAAAUUCGGUUGAAAAAAUGUAACUUAUCAGAAACCACUUUCGAUGGUAAUAACGCAGAAAGUUACUAGUGAUUAAUUAAGAAUAUUUUUUACUUCA